UUUUGUUCAGAGAGGAGUGCUGGCCAGCUGCGGCGGGGGACAGACUGGAGAGAAGUGAGGGGAAAUACGCACAAGUGUCCUGCGUCGGAGCGUCAGAAAGCGGGAUCUGGAGUAAUCCACUGCGCCUUGGACAGGUUUUCUCCACCGUUGUUGCUUGGAUAGCAGGAGACAAGGAUCACAAUGUCGACAGUGAGCGAUAUUGAGAAGGUGAAGGAGUGGCAGGAGACGACGUACCACUUGGACUCGGGCAUCCAGUCCGGCGCGCCCACGAUCAGAGAUGAGGACGGCGAGUACACCACCAGGCACUACACCACCACCACCACCGUCACCAGCGCCAUCGACCCCAACUUGGAGGCGUAUGCCUUGACCAGGAAGCAGCGGGUGCAGAACGCGCUCUUCCCGGAGACGAUGGAGGACGGCGCCACCAUCCUGUCCACUCAGACCGACCCGUCCCAGAUGACCAACGUGCAGCGGCUGGCCGAGCCCUCCCAGCUGCUGAAGACGGCCAUCAUCCACCUGAUCAACUACCAGGACGACGCCGAGCUGGCCACGCGCGCCGUGCCCGAGCUCACCAAGCUGCUCAACGACGAGGACCAGGUGGUGGUGAGCAAGGCUGCACAGAUCGUCAACCAGCUGACCCGUAAGGAGGCGUCGCGGCGCGCGCUGAUGCAGUCGCCUCAGAUGGUGGCGGCGGUGGUGCGGGCCAUGCAGAACACCAGCGACAUGGAGACGGCGAAGGCCACGGCCAGCAUCCUGCACAACCUGUCCCACCAGAGGGAGGGCCUGCUGUCCAUCUUCAAGUCCGGAGGAAUCCCCGCGCUCGUGCGCAUGCUCAGCUCGCCGAUGGAGUCGGUGCUCUUCUACGCCAUCACCACGCUGCACAACCUGCUGCUGCACCAGGAGGGCGCCAAGAUGGCCGUGCGCCUGGCCGACGGCCUGCAGAAGAUGGUCCCCCUGCUGAAGAAGAGCAACCCCAAGUUCCUGGCCAUCACCACCGACUGCCUGCAGCUGCUGUCUUACGGCAACCAGGAGAGCAAGCUGAUCAUCCUGGCCAACGGCGGUCCGGAGGGCCUGGUCCACAUCAUGAGGAACUACAACUACGAGAAGCUGCUGUGGACCACGAGCCGCGUGCUCAAAGUGCUGUCCGUGUGUCCCAGCAACAAGCCCGCCAUUGUGGAGGCCGGUGGGAUGCAGGCUCUGGGAAAACACCUGACGGGCACCAGCCAGCGGCUGCAGCAGAACUGCCUGUGGACGCUCAGGAAUCUGUCCGACGCCGCCACCAAGCAGGAGGGGAUGGACGGCCUGCUGCAGAUGCUGGUGAGUCUGCUCAGCUCGGACGACAUCAACAUGCUCACCUGCGCCACCGGCAUCCUGUCCAACCUCACCUGCAACAACGCCCACAACAAGUCUCUGGUCACCCAAAACAACGGCGUGGAGGCGCUCAUCCACGCCAUCCUGCGCGCCGGCGAGAAGGAGGACGUGACCGAGCCGGCCGUCUGCGCCCUGCGCCACCUGACGUCCCGCCACCAGCAGGCCGAGGUGGCUCAGAACGCCGUGAGGAGGCACUACGGCAUCCCGGCCAUCGUCAAGCUGCUCAACCAGCCGUACUACUGGCCCGUCAUCAAGGCCGUGGUGGGUCUGAUCCGGAACCUGGCCCUGUGCCCAGAGAACCAGGCGCCCCUGAGGGACGCCGGCGCCAUCCCCCGCCUGGUCAACCUGCUGCUCAAAGCCCACCAGGACGCCCAGAAACACGGGUCAUCCAACCAGCAGACGUACCAGGAUGGAGUGAGGAUGGAGGAGAUCGUGGAAGGCUGCACAGGAGCUCUGCACAUCCUGGCCAGAGAUCCCGUCAACAGAGCAGAGAUCGCCAACCUGACCACCAUCCCUCUGUUCGUCCAGCUCCUCUACUCUCCGGUGGACAACGUGAAGCGCGUGGCGGCCGGCGUCCUGUGCGAGCUCGCCCUGGACAAACCGUCUGCGGAGCUCAUCGACGCCGAGGGCGCGUCGGCUCCUCUGAUGGAGCUGCUCCACUCCAACAACGAGGGCAUCGCUACCUACGCUGCAGCCGUUCUCUUCCGCAUCUCCGAGGACAAAAACACAGACUACAAGAAGCGUGUGUCGGUGGAGCUCACACACUCCCUGUUCAAAAACGACCACGCCGCCUGGGAGAUGGCUCACAACACGGUGGCGAUGGAGGGGCCGUACCCAGAUGAGAUGGACGGUGGCUUCCAGGGAUACGGAUACGCGGGCGACAUGCCGCUCGACGGCAUGGACGGAAACAUGAUGGCGGAGGACUACGCGCCCAGCAUGAACUACGAGAGACAAAUGUACACCGAGCAAUAUUAAAGACCAAGAGAAGAGGAGGAGGAAGAGGAGGGAUGAAGAAGACGAGACUUUUCCCUCUUUUCUUCCCCUGAUGUAAUAUAUGCAAUUGUGGCGAGUACGGGACUCAUAAUCUUAACAGGGCUCAACUUUGUUUUAUAGCAUCAUUCUGCUGAUUAUAAUGAUGACAGUGACGGCGCUCGUAGGUUUCUGUUUAGGAGGAGUGUGUGUGUGUGCAUGUGAGUACGUGUGUUAAUGCUUUUCGGGUGGGUAUCUAUGCCAAAGAGAUUUUAUUUUGUGAAUGAGAAUCAUGUAGCCUCUUAUUCCUCUUCCUCCUUUUACUUCUUCUUUUUUAAGAAAAAAAAAAAAAAAAGAGAGAGAGAUCCUAGUUGAAAACACUGCCAGAGGUGGCUCGACGUGCACGGUGCACCUA